UAAACAUGAUUAACAAACUUUAGUUUUCAACGAUUUGAGCUUAAUAUUUGUUAAAGGGGUCGGCUGCUCGACAGUGGGCGACUUUUCUUGGUGGAUUUGAUCCUUGGUCAACCCUAUUGUUCACUACAAUCCAUUUUUUUAAUCCCGAUCUCUCCUUCCUCGCAAGUGUCGUUGUUUGUAGGUUCAAGCCACCCAAUCAUGUUGCUUAGCUUCCUGAAAUCGCCCAUUUUUGAAGUUCCAGUCAAUAUACUAUGUUCUUUAUUUAAAGGAUCAGCCGAUCCACACGGCCAUUUGCUAAUUCUGAGGCAAGUAGUCAACAAUAUUCAUCUUCAACGCAAACCCAGAUUCAGUUUUGUUCGAAAUCUUUUAUAUGCCCUGUUUGCUUGCUUGAAAUUAUUGAUAUCUGUUUGUUGAGCUUGGUUUAAGAUUUUGCUUUUGAGCUAUCUAUCUACUGUUUCUUCUCUGUUAAUGGCUGGUCGGAUUUUUGAAACUUUGUCAUUUGGGUCACAACAUGGUCAAAGUAAUCAAUCUUUGCCAUUUUCAUCUGGAAAUGCAUCAUUGAAGUUCUUGCUCUUGCAUGGUUAUUUGGAUAUUUCUGUCAAGUCAGCCAAGAAUCUUCCUAACAUGGAUAUGUUUCAUAAGACUCUUGGGGAUGUUCUUUCAAAAGUGUCUUUUAAGAGUUCUAAGAACAGUGAUGGGCAAAAGGCUCCAAAAGUGACUAGUGAUCCUUAUGUGACUAUCUCUGUAUCUGGUGCUGUGAUAGGAAGAACUUUUGUGAUUGAUAAUAGUGAAAAUCCUGUUUGGAUGCAGCAUUUUAAUGUUCCUGUAGCUCAUUAUGGUGCUGAAGUGCACUUUGUAGUUAAAGAUCAUGAUGUUGUGGGAUCACAAAUUAUAGGUGUUGUUGCUAUUCCUAUUGAACAAUUAUACUCUGGAGAUGUAGUUGAGGGUACCUACCCUAUCCUUAAUAGUAGCAGGAAGCCCUGCAAGCCUGGGGCUGUCUUGAGUUUGUCGAUUCGGUAUAUUCCGGCAGACCGGGCGGCCAUUUUUCACGGUGGAAUGUAUGCAUCUUCUGAUCAUCAGGGAGUUCCUGGCACAUAUUUUCCUCUUAGGAAGGGAGGUAAAGUUACAUUGUACCAAGAUGCUCAUGUUGAGGAUGGAUGUCUUCCUUCAGAUUUUAAGCUUCAUGGUGGGGUUGAAUAUGAACAUAGGAGCUGUUGGGACGACAUCACUGAAUCGAUUAGCAAAGCUCGUCGUUUGAUCUAUAUUACGGGCUGGUCUGUAUACCAUAAUGUUAGAUUGGUUAGAGAUGGAAAGGCGAAAGAAUGCAGUUUAGGGGACUUACUCAAAGCUAAGUCUCAAGAAGGUGUACGAGUGUUGCUUCUUAUAUGGGAUGAUCCAACUUCGACAAGUAUGUUGGGAUAUAAAACGGUUGGGAUGAUGAAUACAAAUGAUGAGGAGACUCGGCGGUUCUUUAAGAACUCUUCAGUCCAAGUGGUAUUGUGCCCACGAUCUGGUGGAAAAGGUCAUAGCUGGAUUAAAAAGCAGGAAGCUGGAACCAUCUAUACCCACCAUCAAAAGACAGUUAUUGUAGAUGCUGAUGCUGGCCACCACAAAAGAAAAAUUGUAGCUUUUGUUGGAGGCCUCGAUUUAUGUUUAGGUCGAUAUGAUACUUCGAGGCAUCCUCUUUUUCGGACAUUGCAAACUACGCACGUGGAUGACUUCCACAACCCCAAUUUUACGGGACCAGCUACUGGUUGUCCAAGAGAACCAUGGCAUGAUUUGCACUCUAAGAUUGAUGGUCCAGCAGCAUACGACGUCCUAACGAAUUUCGAGGAGCGUUGGUUGAGAGCUUCAGAGCCUCGUGGCCUUAAAAAGCUAAAAAGGUUGAAUGAAGAUGUAUUGCUCAAAAUUGAAAGAAUUCCUGAGAUUUUGGGAAUUGCUGAUGCUGCUCGUUUGUGUAACAAUGAUCCAGAAGGUUGGAACGUGCAGAUUUUUCGUUCGAUCGACUCGAAUUCGGUGAAAGGAUUUCCUGAGGACCCGAAAGAUGCUAUAAGUAGGAACUUGGUAUGUGGGAAGAAUGUGAUGAUAGAUAUGAGUAUACAUUCAGCAUAUGUUAAUGCAAUUCGUGCUGCCCAACGCUUCAUUUAUAUUGAAAAUCAAUACUUUCUUGGGUCAUCUUAUAAUUGGAGCGCUCAUAAAGACUUGGGGGCUAAUAACUUAAUACCGAUUGAAAUUGCCCUUAAAAUUGUGGAGAAAAUCAGAGCUAAAGAAAGGUUUUCAGCGUAUGUGGUUAUCCCAAUGUGGCCAGAAGGUGUUCCUACAAGCACUCCGAUUCAAAGAAUUCUCUUUUGGCAGAGUAGGACAAUGCAAAUGAUGUACGAAAUGAUAUAUACAGCUUUAGUGGAGGUUGGACUUCAUGAACAGUAUAAGCCUGAAGACUACUUGAAUUUCUUUUGCCUUGGAAACCGUGAGGUGAUCAGUGAUAGAGAUGGCAUUGAAGCCGGAAAUGGAGAAAAGAAUGCUCAAUCACUUGUUCGUAAGAGUCGACGUUUUAUGAUCUAUGUCCAUUCUAAAGGGAUGAUAGUAGAUGAUGAAUAUGUCAUAUUGGGAUCUGCAAAUAUCAAUCAGCGAUCCCUUGAAGGUACUAGAGACACUGAAAUAGCAAUGGGCGCGUACCAAUCUCGUCAUUCUUGGUCGUCAAGCAAACGCUCGAGCCCACGUGGUCAGGUCUAUGGAUAUAGAAUGUCAUUAUGGGCAGAGCACACUGGGACUAUGGAGGAUUGUUUCGAGAGACCAGAGAGUAUUGAAUGUGUAAGAAGAAUCAGAUCAGUGGGUGAGAGAAACUGGAGACAGUAUGUUGCUGAGGAAGUGACAGAAAUGAGAAGCCAUCUUCUUAAAUAUCCAUUGCAAGUUGAGCCAACUGGUAAGGUCACUCAUCUUCCUGGUUCUGAGACCUUCCCAGACCUUGGUGGUAACAUAUUGGGAACAUUCAUAGCCAUCCAAGAGAACCUUACAAUUUGAUUCCCACUGAAUAUCUAUUUGUUCUUAGGAAAUUCUUUGCCUGUAAUCAUUGGUGUACAUUAUGGAUUCUUACAACAACUUUGAUCGGUAAUCUUUGAGUUGUUAGACAUACCUCAAUUAUAUUGAAGGGUGAU